AUGGAGAUGCAGUCCUAUUAUGCCAAGCUCUUGGGGGAGCUGAAUGAACAGCGGAAGAGGGACUUUUUCUGUGACUGCAGCAUCAUCGUGGAAGGGCGCAUCUUCAAGGCCCACAGGAACAUCUUGUUUGCCAACAGCGGCUACUUCCGAGCCCUGCUCAUUCACUAUAUCCAGGACAGCGGGCGGCACAGCACCGCCUCCUUGGACAUCGUCACCUCCGACGCCUUCUCCACCAUUUUAGAUUUCCUUUAUUCCGGGAAGUUGGAUUUGUGUGGGGAGAAUGUGAUUGAAGUCAUGUCAGCCGCCAGCUACCUGCAGAUGAACGACGUGGUGAACUUUUGCAAGACCUAUAUCCGGUCGUCCCUUGAUAUUUGCCGAAAGAUGGAGAAGGAGGCCGCCGUGGCCGCAGCGGUGGCCGCAGCCGCAGCMGCAGCAGCAGCAGCAGCAGCAGCAGCUCAUCAGGUCGACAGUGACAGCCCCAGUUCAGGCAAGGAGGGGACCUCCUGUGGCACCAAGAGCUUGGUGUCCUCUCCAGCCAAGGGAGAAGAGAGUGUGGACCCGAGAGAAUCCCCUUGCGAUGACUGCGGGGACUGCCACCCCUUGGAACUGGUGGUGAAAGACAGCCAGAGUGGAGGCUCGACUGACAGUGACUUCGCCACUCUGCCCAAACGGGUAGAGCCCAAGGUAGAAUUCGAUGCCGCUGAAGUGGAGGUGGAGGUGGGUGAACAGCUGCAGCAGUAUGCCGCCCCCCUGAGUCUGGCCCACAUGGAGGAAGCCUUGCCCAGCRGCCAGGCCAUGGACUUGGCUUAUAGUAACUACCACGUGAAGCAGUUCCUAGAGGCGCUCUUGCGCAACGGUGCUGUCCCGAGCAAAGACGAGGCAGACCAUCACUUCCCUCGGGGUUUGGAGGGAAGACCGGAAGGUGCAGGGGUAGCUAUGAGUUCCAUGAUGGACGYCCAGACUGACUGGUAUGGAGAGGACUCAGGUGACGUGUUGGUCGUCCCCAUCAAGCUGCACAAGUGUCCUUUCUGCCCUUACACUGCCAAACAGAAGGGCAUCCUCAAGCGGCACAUCCGCUCGCACACUGGCGAGCGGCCCUACCCGUGCGAGACCUGCGGGAAGAGGUUCACCAGGCAGGAGCACCUGCGGAGCCACGCCCUGAGCGUGCACAGAUCUAACCGCCCAAUCAUCUGCAAGGGCUGCAGAAGAACCUUCACUAGCCACCUUUCUCAGGGGCUGCGGCGCUUCGGGUUGUGUGACAGCUGCACCUGUGUUACGGACACUCAUGAUGACGAUGACGAUUUGAUGCCCAUCAACCUUAGCCUUGUGGAGGCGUCAUCUGAAAGCCAAGAGAAGAGUGACACAGACAAUGACUGGCCAAUCUAUGUGGAGUCUGGCGAGGAGAACGACCCCACCGGAGAAGAUUCUGAUGACAAACCACAAAUUCGAUCCAAUGCAUCAGAGCGGGAGACACUGACAUAG